GGGCUGGAGUCAGGCUGAGAUGUGUGCUACAGCCAGUGUUGUGUUUGAGCAGCCAGAGAAAAGAGCAGAGUGACUGGGAGGAGGAACUCAGAGAGGAGAUUCUGGGGCACAAGGCAAAAAGACUGGGACGUGGAGAGACAGACACAUGGACUGAGUCUUCCCAGCAGAAUGACAGAGAGGAAGAAGAACAUGCAAUACAAACAGCCACAGUGCCUAGGAAGAUGCUAGCUACUUUGAAUGUAUGAUGCCCCGUAUAAUGUCAUCAUGCUGGUUCUCCAUCGUUGUGUUCCUCCUUCUUCUGCUAUAUCCAGAAUGGAAGGUGUUGGGAUGCCCUGCCAGGUGUGAUUGCACACCCAAUCAACGUUCAGUCAUCUGCCACCGCAAGCGCCUCACUACAAUCCCAGAAGGUAUUCCCUCUGAAACAAGGCUCUUGGACCUCAGUAAAAACCGCAUACGGUGCCUGAAUCCUGGUGACUUCUCUCCCUACUCACUACUAGAGGAGGUGGAUCUUAGUGAGAAUAUCAUUUCCACUAUUGAGCCAGGGGCUUUUGCCAACCUCUUCUUUCUUCAGAUACUUAAACUAAAGGGUAACCAGCUAAAGUUGAUUCCGACUGGAGUCUUCACGAAACUUAGCAACCUAACUUUGCUGGACAUUAGUGAGAAUAAGAUUGUCAUUCUACUGGACUUCAUGUUUCAAGAUCUGCGUAGUCUGAAAAGCCUUGAAGUUGGGGACAAUGACUUGCUCUAUAUUUCACAAAAGGCCUUCUAUGGACUUGUGUCUCUGGAUCAGUUGACAAUUGAAAAAUGCAAUUUGACCUCUAUAUCUCCUGAGUCACUGUCUUACUUGCAGGGUUUAGAGGUCUUGAGACUUCGUUACCUAGGUAUAAACUCAUUGGAGGAGCAAAAUUUUCAGAAGCUUUACAACCUCAAGGAACUAGAGUUGGAAAGCUGGCCAUUACUAGAGGAUGUUUGUAACACAGCUUUUCAAGGGCUGAACCUCACUUCUCUUUCUAUCACAUACACAAAUCUCACAUCAGUGCCAUCAGCUGCCCUGAGGAACAUGGUGUAUCUGGAAUACCUAAACCUUUCCUUUAAUCCAAUCAGAAUCAUUCAACGAGGCGCCUUCAAGGACCUUGUCAGACUUCGUGAGCUUCACAUAGUUGGGGCAUUUCUAAGCACAGUGGAGUCUCAAGCAUUUUUAGGGCUUCGACAAAUACGCCUUCUCAAUGUAUCCAAUAACCUCCUGGCAACACUGGAAGAAAGCGCCUUCCAGUCAGUUAACACUUUGGAAACUUUACGAGUGGAUGAUAACCCUCUUGCUUGUGACUGCCGUUUACUUUGGAUCCUGCAGCGUAGAAAAACAUUGAACUUUGAUAACCACCAACCUGUUUGCGCCUCUCCAGCCAAAAUUCAAGGUAAUGCCCUACGUGACUUUCCUGACUCCAUACUAUUUGAACAUUUUACCUGCCAAAAGCCCAAGAUUAGGGACAGAAAGCUUCAACACAUCACAGCACAUGAAGGACAGCCUGUGUCUUUCCACUGUCGAGCAGAUGGGGAGCCAGUCCCACUUAUUGUAUGGGUCUCACCACAAAGAAGGAUGAUCACCAGCAGAAGUGUGGGAAGAUCCACUGUAUUACCAGAGGGAACAUUAGAGAUCCGAUAUGCACAAGUGCAAGACAGUGGAACAUACAUCUGCAUUGCAACUAAUGCUGGUGGUAAUGACACCUAUUUUGCUACCUUAACUGUUAAAAGUGAUAACUCCCCCUACUCUAACAGAACAAUGUACUUAUCAGAAUACAAUGAUACUUUCCAUAAUGACACACAAGUCUUCCUGAAAUUCACUCUUGAUCUGAAGACAAUAUUGGUGUCCACAGCCAUGGGCUGUAUUACUUUUCUAGGGGUUGUUCUUUUCUGCUUCCUUCUCCUCUUUGUCUGGAGCAGAGGAAGAGGACAGCACAAAAAUAACUUCUCUGUGGAGUAUUCUUUCCGUAAAGUUGAUGGCCCUACCUCUGCUGCUGGACAAGGUGGGGCAAGAAAGUUUAAUAUGAAGAUGAUAUGAGAGUGUUUUAAACAACAGAGAUUUCAAUGGCUUGGACACUGUGAUAAUUGCCCAUUAAAUAUAGCUGGUUAAUGGAGUGUCUGAAGACUCUAAGACAUCAAGACCAGACCAUUUGGUAUCUUUAUAUCUGCUUUCUUUAACCACAAGGGCUAUGAACAGGCAUUAGCCAAGUGAGCUCCCUUGUUCAGCUAACUUGAAUCUUCUACCCAUGACAUGGAACCAAAUGGGGUAGUUACUAUUCAACAUUCCAGAAGCCUAGUACAGAAGAUAUACUUAAUGGCUAACAGGCUUCAAUUUACAUUGUGUUGAUCAAACAUCCGUUGAAUACAACAGUUAACAUUUAAUUGUUGGUGGGGGGAAGCUAAGUUAUUUCUUAAGAGUAGGCAAGUAGAUUUAAUAAAAACAAACCUAAUUUAUUUUUCAAAAAUUAUCAUGACAUGGGUGUAUAGGAUUUAGAAGUAUAAUACAACUACUAAUACAAAUCUUCAGGCUUGUAAUAUUUUAUACAAAAAUAAAGUAUAUUUAUUGCUGUAUCUAAUAAACAAGGUACAGCAUAAAUGGUAAUACAUUUUAAAUGCAUAAAAUAGUAGCACAGGAAGCCAGCACAGAAAGAUGGUAAAUGCUGUCCCAAAACCCUACUACACUACUAACCUACUACUAUGUUCAGAAUACUCUUUUAUCCACACAUUGCCUGGGAAAAUUACUCCUUACAGGAUAAGGACAGAGGUGUUACUUGCUGUAAUGUUUGAUAUCUUCAGCUGCUCUGUAUCCCUAUUGUUUUCCCAAAAACAAUUAAUAUUCAGUUCCCAUGUGAAUGCAGUACCUGUUUGCAAUACAAUUACACAACUGUUUGCACAGUUGUGUAGACUUUCUUUUCAAUCAAUUAUCCAACAUUUGUAUAUUUCAUUCAUGUAACCCUGCAUAAAGGCAUUUUACCCCCCACAUUCCCUACAAUGGGGAUAAAAUAUAUAUAUAUAUAUCUUUGAAAAACUAUAACAGAUUAAGAUCAAUCAAAUUUUCACAUUUUAAAGAAAAAGUAUUUUCUCAUUAUACAGGGGCCAAUUCUAGUACAGCUCUUCAGUUAUAAAAAAUAAAACAUGCAUCAAUAAAAGUAUUGUGUUAAUUACAAUGUUCAGGGGGGAUGGAGUGGGUUGGUUAAUGAAAGCAUACAAAAAUACAGUAUUGUUUAUUAAAGGAAAAGUAAUACCAUAAAAUGAAAGUGUAUAAAAGUAACUAAAAUAUAAUGUGCUGCU